GAACAGUCUCAUCGGUUUGCUGGACAGAUAGUGAUUUUCGUGCUCCGAUCGGUGAGGGUGGUGGGAGCAGCGUUUUCGCAGGUUUACAGAGAAAUAGCGACAGAGUAUGCUGGACGAGCAGCAACAGCAGCACCAGGCUCAGAGCCGGCAAUGGAGCUCGAAGAAGCGUGUCGGAUCUUAGGUGUGGGGCGCGAAGAGGUGCUGCUGCCGAAGGUGCACGAGAAGUUUCGGUUCUUGUUCCAUAGCAACAGCAGCAGUCCUUUUUUGCAGGCGAAGGUCUUCCAUGCAAUGGAGCGGGUGCGGAUGGAGAGGAAGAUGCAGUAGCGGAGGCGGAAGCAGACGCAGCAGAUGCAGCACGAACCCUGCGCGUCGUUCCGAGCUGUUGUUUUGUGUCGGCCAGGCUCUGCUCUGUUCUGCUCUUCUUCUUCUCUUCUUUUCCUUUCCUCUUGCCUCCCAAUUCAUCCUUCUCUCCUCAGGCCCUAUCAAAAUGCAAAACCACCAAAACAUCAACAACACCUCCACCACUCACAAUGAGACCCACUCCACCUACAACAAAGACCUUUUGCCUCAAUUGCCUCCAGACAUCAACAAUCCUCCCAAUGUCUUGCCCUUGAAGUCCCUCUCGGACAACUACCAGAUAAUCUCUGAACUUGGAAAGGGAAGCUUUGGCUCUGUUGUCUCUGCAAAAAUGAGAAACAACUAUGUCAACAACAACCUAUCCUAUCUAUCUAAUUUCCUAAAUAUCUCAAACACUUUAAUGAACCCAAUUCCAAACAUCAACGACCUAUCAAAACCUUUAGUAGCAAUCAAAACAAUGAAAAAGCGCUUGAGCCUCUUGAAUGACUACAUCAAUGUCAAGGAAUUGAUCUUCAUCCUAUCUAUUCCGUCGCAUCCUAAUCUGGUUUUUGUUCAUGAGUGCUUCAUUGAUAACUCCUCCUUCAAAUUACAUAUAGUGAUGGAGUCAAUGGAUCAAAAUUUAUACGAGUUGAUGAGAAUUAGAAAAAAUAACUUCUUCUCGCUAAAUACUAUCAAGUCAAUCCUAUCUCAAAUUUUAGCCGCUAUAAAACAUAUCCACCAAAAUAAAUAUUUUCACAGAGAUGUCAAACCUGAAAAUAUCCUAGUCAUGCCCUCCAAAUUAUACCACAACUCAUAUACACAAAACCUUUCCUACAAGCAUCCUUAUAUCAUCAAAUUAGCUGACUACGGCCUAGCUCGCCAUAUUCAAAACACAAAUCCUUACACUGCUUAUGUAUCAACAAGAUGGUAUCGAUCUCCAGAAAUCUUAUUACGUCAAAGACAUUACUCCACUCCUGUCGACAUUUGGGCUUUUGGCGCUGUUGCUUGCGAAAUCGUCACUUUCAAACCCUUAUUUCCUGGCAUUAACGAAUUGGACCAGAUUUGGAGACUUUUACAAACUCUAGGCUCUCCCUUUUUAUCUUCAAAUGACACCAACAAUGAAAAUCAAAACAGCAUCAAUAAUGAAAAUCUUAAUGAUAAUCAAUACGAUAAUCAAUAUCAAAAUCAAAAUCAAUACCAAAAUCAAAUAAAUCUCCCUAUAGGCGGUCUUUGGAAUGAUGCUCAAUCCCUAGCUUCAAGACUUGGCCUAAGAUUACCUUACACUAAAGGUAUCCUCCUACAAAACAUUUUACAAAGACCCGAUUUAUCUGACUUAUCUCAUGUCAUCCAGUCCUGCUUAACUUGGGACCCAACCACUCGUGCUGAUGUCCAUACUUUAUCCUCAAUGCCCUAUUUCAAAAACACAAUUGUCGACCCCAAUUCUUCCUCAUCCAGCAUCAACGCCCCUUCUCAAUUAAACCAUCUUCCAAUAACUAUUCUAAAAAGAACUCCCAUUGCUACCAUUGAAAAUAAAUCAGAUUUUUUGAAUAAAUCAGAACUAUUUGCCGGUAUUAAACGCGAAUCAAUCGAUCCAAAAUCAAAAAAAAGAUCUCUUCACCUUAAAAGAAGCUUGAAUUUAUCCUCAAAAUUACCUGACCAAUCAAAUAUCAUCUCUCAAAAUACAACCUCUCGUCGUAGAAAUGGCGAAAACUUCAUAUCUGGUCUCUUUUCAAAAUCAAAAAACAUCAAGAGAAAACAAAAAUUAAAUACAAAACAUAUUCAAAAACAUUUAAACAAUGAUGAAAAUAUUAACCAAUUUAAACUAUCUUCUCCUGCUCUUCCCCUCCCUCUCCUUCCUCAAAAUUUUUUUAAUUCUAAUAUCAAUUCGAUUUCUUUUAAUGCUUAUGCUAGUGACAACCCACUAUCUUCAUCCUUUUUAUUAAAUAAUAACCUUCACUCAAAAAUGAACUUAAUUCAAGAACCAACCCAUAAAGUUAUUAGUGCUAGUACUGUAGAUAGCACUGAGAUUGAUAAUGAAUGGUCCUUAACUGAAAGUUUGAAAACUUGCAAAACAAAAUAUUGCGAAGCAAUUCAAAUUCCAAAUUCAAUCAAGCAGGCAUCAUAUCAGUUAAAUAGCUCAAUAAAUAUGAAAGAUGAAAAUACUUCUAAAAAUAUUACCAUUGACUUUAGUGACUUGAUAAAUGAUUCCGAUGUUCCUUGUGAAAAUAGCAAACUUAUUAACGAUAGCUUAAUCGAAAAGUACACUGAAUUUGAAGAUAAACUAGAAUUCAAUAAUAAUUAUAUUUUAACCGACAAGAACUCAAAAAUCUCAAAACAUUUCAAAAAUCAAUUUGAAAACAAAAAUAACGCUGAUGGAAAUAAAGGUCGUAAUGAAACCGAUCUUCAAAAUGAUAUAAACAUUGGAUCUGAAAAUGAUAACUUCAGGGAUUUGGAUAAUAUCGAUGAUGGCUUUUAAUUUUGCUUAAUGAUUUUAUUUUAUUUUAUUUUAUUUUUUGCUUUGUUAUCUCUGUUCUUUUAAUGACUUAGUUUUUAGCAUUUUCAUGAUUUUUUGUUUCACAUUCAGGUUUCGCUUUUUUGUUUUACUAGAUUAAAUUUCCUAUAUAUUACUAAAUAACUGGUGCUAGAUUUCAUAUAUAACUUUUUAUUAUUCUAAUUUCUUACUGGUAUUAUAGAUUUUAACUGUCUGAUAAUUAACAACUUUUUUACAAAUGAUACAUAUCGCCUGGUAGAAAGCGAUUAAAGUGAUAGUAUCCCGUGAAAAAGCGGAAUAUUGUGUUUUUUUU